CCUAUGUGAGGGGUGAUGAGCAGAGUACAGAGGACAUUCCUACAGAUAACCGCCCAGAUGACUGUACCAGGAACUUAGAGAAACAUCUGGUAUCUUCAGAUUUUGAAGUAGAUGAUUGUGGUAUCACACGAGAUACAUUUGAAGUUGAAGAGCAUGCCAAUAUGCAAGAUCUAACCUCAUCCAAUCACAGCAACAAUGCAUCAUUUAAUUCCGGUAACCAGCUCCGAUCUUCUUUUUUAUCGAAGACUGUAACACAGAAUAAAAGUCACAGAAGAGGUGCUAAACAUCAAACAGCUCGCUCAAAAGAGAAGCCAUUUUCAUGUUCAGAAUGUGGGAACAGUUUUCACCAGAAAUCAUAUCUUAUUAUACAUCAGAGAAUUCACACAGGAGAGAAGCCAUUUUCAUGUUCAGAAUGUGGCAAAUGUUUUAAGAUGAAAUCAGAAUUUGUAAUGCAUCAGAGAAAUCACACAGGGGAGAAGCCAUUUUCAUGUUUAGUAUGCGGAAAAUGUUUUAACCGUAAGUCAGAUCUUGUUAUCCAUCAGAGAAUUCACACAGGAGAGAAGCCAUUUUCAUGUUCAGAAUGUGGGAAAUGUUUUAAUCAGAAAUCGGCUCUUGUUGUACAUCAGAGAAUUCACACAGGGGAGAAGCCAUUUUCAUGUUCAGAAUGUGGGAAAUGUUUUAUGCAUAAAUCAGCUCUUGUUGUACAUCAGAGAAUUCACACAGGGGAGAAGCCAUUUUCAUGUUCAGAAUGUGGGAUAUGUUUUAACCGUAAACAAUAUUUUGUUAUACAUCAGAGAAUUCAUACAGGGGAGAAGCCAUUUUCAUGUUCAGAAUGUGGGAAAUGUUUUAAGAGUAAACAAUAUCUUGUUAUGCAUCAGAGAAUUCACACAGGAGAGAAGCCAUUUUCAUGUUCAGAAUGUGGGAAAUGUUUUAAGAUUAAAUCUGAAUGUCUCAUACAUCAAAGAAUUCAUACAGGGGAGAAGCCAUUUUCUUGUUCAGAAUGUGGGAAAUGUGUUAACAGUAAAUCAGGUGUUGAUAUACAUCAGAAAUUUCACACAGGGGAGUAGCUAUUUUCAUGUUCAAAAUGAGGGAAAUGUUUUAACAGUAAAUCAGGUCUUGAUAGACAUCAGAAAAUUCACAGAUUGUUAAUCAUCAAAAACCCCACAUAUAAGAGAAGCCAUCUUUUAUGCUUAGCCCGUUAGUGACCUCCCUUAUUUGUUUUUAUGGUGGUCACUAACUGGCUUUAUCCCUUCAGAUACUCCUUUUUACAGGGAGAUAUAACAGUGCCUUGCUUUCAGUUACUAGAGGUAGCUGAGGGCUUGGAGUGAUGAUUGGGACCGCUGUGGGAGCUCUCUCUUGUAUUGAAUGAAUAUUGGUAAUCAAAGGACAGAUCUAGUUAAAAGUAAAACUAAUUUUUUAAAAAUAUAUAUAUAUAUAUAUAUAUAUAUAUAUAUAUAUAUAUAUAUAUAUCCUCUAAACACAAAUGUCUGGUGUGAGAAAAAAAAAUAAUAUAAAAACAGUAUACCACCCUGUCUGUGAUCUGUAUGGGGACCCUCCAUCCCUGCUGUAAAACUGCAAUUACAGGGGCCUAUAUGUGAAAGUCCCAAAAAAUAGAGCUGGCUUCCCAAAAGAGCUGGGGUCCAGACAUAUGGAAAAAGGGGCGUCAUUCACACUUGUAAAUGGCCAGUUAUUUGCAGUCAAGUGGAAUGACAGAUAGGAUGUAACAUAAUAACAUAGUUUAUAAGGCUUAAAAAAGACAUCUGUCCAUCCAGUUGAGCCUGUUAUCUUGCAAGUUGAUCCAGAGGAAGGCAAAAAAAAAAACUGUGAGGUAGAAGC